UGUGUGUGUGUGUGUGUGACUGUGUGUGUGUAUGUGUGUGUGUGUGUGUGUGUGCAGAUGUCUCAGCAGUCCAGGAGCUGCUGUAUCCAGAGGGGGGCCAUGGCCAGGCUGCAGCUGCUGAGGGCAGAGUACAGCAGUGCCCAGCUCAGCCUGCAGGAGGCGCUCAACCACAGCUUCCAGGAGCCUCAAACAACCUACAGACCAGGAGCAGCUACUGACACAUCAUGAUGGGCUCUUUGUUUUAGAAAUGAAUAAGAAUCAUUUAAAUAAAAACUUAGACAGCAGAGAUUGUAGGGAGAUGUCCAUUCAGUACCUGCAAGCACACCACACAUGUGUUAACCAGUUCAAUCAGAAUUUGAUGUGUAAUCUCUCUCCUGAUGGUUCCCCUCUCUGCAGGACCCAGACGUGUGUCACUUAUGUGUAUCUGUUGUGAAUCUGAAGUUGGUUUCCCUCUUCCUCUUUAAGCUACGUGUCAGUUUCAGUAUCACAACUCAAUGAGAGAACUGUUUCUCAACAGGAAAUGUACACUCCCAAAGAGAAGACACAAUACAGGAUCCACAAUGGCCACAAGUAAUAAAAAGCAGCUGUUGAAAACUCUGGAGCAGCUCGGGGAAAAGGAGCUGAAGAAGUUUAAAUGGUUCCUGCAGAAUGAAGUUCCAGAUGGGUUUGAUCCCAUCCCAAAGAACAAGUUGGAGAACGCUGAUGAACUGGACACAGUGGAUAAGAUGGUGGAGACAUAUGGACUCAAAGGAGCUCUGAAGAUCACUGUGGAGACCCUGAGUGAGAUGAACCAACAUGAUCUUUCUGAGUUGCUGAGUGUCAGUGGUGCUGAGGAGGCUGGUGGGAACACUUCAACUUCCUGUCUUCCUCAGGAAGUCCAGGGUUCCUCCAACAAGACUGAGAUUGGAGGCCAUGCUGCUGCUCCUGGUGGAAACCCCUCAGAGCAAAUAGAAUGUCAUGAUAAAUAUGCAGAAAACAUCAAAGACAACAAACUGAAACAUCAAAGACUUCUAAAAUCUAAGUAUGAAAAAAUAGUUGAUGGGAUGAAACAGCAUGGUGAGAAAAUCUCCCUGGACAGUAUCUACACAGAGCUCUACAUCACAGAGGCUGGAGGUGGAGAUGUCAAUGACCAACAUGAAGUACGACAAAUUGAGGGAGAAUACAGGAAGAUUAGAGGGUCAGAGAAAAAAGUUGAGUUCAACAACAUCUUCAAAUCCUCAGAUGAACAAGACAAACUCAUAAGAAGAGUUCUGACCAAAGGAAUUGCUGGCAUCGGAAAAACAUUUUCUUCACACAAGUUCACUCUGGACUGGGCAAACGAAAAACAAAACCAAGACAUUGAUUUCAUUUUCCCACUCUCUUUUCGACAACUGAAUUUGUUGGAGAAAGAGAAGCACAACUUGAUUGAUGUAAUUCAAAAAUGCUUCAAAGAAAUGGAGAAAGAGUUUCUUACAGCCAUUUUCACGAGGGGAGAAGAAAACAAGACAGAACUGAAAGUUCUGUUUAUCUUGGAUGGUCUUGAUGAGUUCCAGAUGCCCCUCAACUACAAGAAGUAUGAUAGCUGUGAUGAUGUCACAGAGCCAAAGACCAUAGAUGUGCUGCUGACAAACCUGAUCAUGAAAGAUCUGCUUCCUUCUGCUCUCCUCUGGAUAACGUCCCGACCUGUGGCAGCCAAUCAGAUCCCUUCUGACUGCGUUGACCUUGUGACGGAGGUACGAGGGUUCAAUGAUGAUCAGAAGGAUGAGUACAUCAUGAAGAGAUGCAGUGAUGAGAUCCUGGCCAGGAGAAUCAUCUCACACAUCAAGACAUCAAGAAUCCUCUACAUCAUGUGUCACAUUCCAGUAAUCGCUUUGAUUAUUACAACCGUUUUAAAGACCUGUGGAGAAAAAGAGAUGCCCAGGAAUCUGACUCAAGUUUACAUACGCUUCCUGGUUGACCAAGUCAGAAAGAUGGAUGUGAAGUACAACGGGAAAGAGGAGACUGAUGCACCCUGGGACGAAAAUAACAUUAAGAUGAUUCAAUCACUGGGGAAACUGGCUUUCACACAACUGGAAAAAGGCAACCUGAUUUUCAGAGAGGCAGACCUGAGGAAGUGUGGCAUUGAUGUUGAAGGAGCUGCAAACUGCUCUGGGAUGUGCACAGAAAUCUUUUCAGAAGAUAAAUGGGGUGGUGAGGAGAAGGUGUACUGCUUUGUCCAUCUGACCAUCCAGGAGCUUUUUGCUGCUCUGCAUGUGUUUCUGUCAUUCAUUAACAACAACAAGAACGUAAUGGAAAAACAAUUUUACAAGAGAAUAACCUUCCUCCAACCGGCUGUCAGAUUCUACAAGAGUGCUGUGGACAGGACUUUAGAAAGUGAGAAAGGACACCUGGACCUCUUCCUCCGCUUCCUCCUGGGCCUCUCAAUGGAGUCCAAUCAGACUCGCUUAACAGGUCUACUGACUCAGACAACAAGCAACACACAAAGCCAUGAGAAAACAAUCAAGUACAUCAAGGAGAAAAUCAGAGAGAAUCCAUCUCCAGAGAGAAGCAUGAAUCUGUUCCACUGUCUGAAUGAACUGAAUGACCAUUCUCUGGUGGAGGAGAUCCAACACUAUCUGAGCUCAGGAAGUCUCUCCAGUGAGAAGAAGCUCUCAUCUACACAGUGGUCAGCUCUGGUCUUUGUGUUGCUGACUUCAGAAGAGAAGAUGGACGUGUUUGACCUGAAGAAAUACUUCAGAUCAGAGGAAGGUCUUCUGAGGCUGCUGCCAGUGGUCAAAGACUCCAAAACUGCUAUGCUGAAUGACUGUAACCUCUCAGAACGGUGCUGUGAAGCGCUGGCCUCAGCUCUCCCCUCCUCAGAUCUGACAGAGCUGGACUUGAGUAACAACAACCUGGGGGAUUCAGGUAUGAAGCUGAUCUCUGCUGGACUGGAGAAUCCACUCUGCAAGCUGGAGACACUGAGGCUGUCAGGCUGUCACAUCACAGAGGAAGGCUGUGCUUCUCUGAGCUCAGCUCUGAAGUCAGCUUCCUUCCUGAGACAACUGGAGCUAAGUAACAAUGAUCUGAAGGAUGCCGGCAUGAAUCUGCUCUCUGCUGGACUGGGGAAUCCACUCUGCAAGCUGGAGACACUGAGGCUGUCAGGCUGUCACAUCACAGAGGAAGGCUGUGCUUCUCUGAGCUCAGCUCUGAAGUCUGCCUCCUUCCUGAGACAACUGGAGCUCAGUAACAAUGAUCUGAAGGAUGCCGGCAUGAAGCUGCUCUCUGCUGGACUGGGGAAUCCACUCUGCAAACUGGAGACACUGAGGCUGUCAGGCUGUCUGGUCACAGAGGAAGGCUGUGCUUCUCUGGCCUCAGCUCUGAGGUCCAUCCCCUUUCACCUGAGGGAACUGGACCUGAGCUACAAUCAUCCAGGAGAAAAAGGAUUGAAGCUGCUCUCUGCUGGACUGGGGGAUCCACACUGCAGACUGGAGAAACUCAAUGUGGAUCAUGGUGGAGAGUGCUGGAUCAAACCUGGCCUUAGGAAAUAUGCCUGUGAGCUCACACUGGACCCAAACACAGCACAUAGAUACCUCUCUCUGUGUGAAGAGAACAGAAAGGUGACAUGUGGUAGAGAGAAGCAGCCGUAUCCUGAUCACCCCGAGAGAUUUGAGAACUGGCCACAGGUGCUGUGUAGAGAGGGUCUGUCUGGGCGCUGUUACUGGGAGGCAGAGUGGAGUGGAGGAGGGGUUUCUAUAGCAGUGACAUAUAAAGGAAUCAUUAGGAGAGGAAGGGGUGAUGACUGUGUGCUUGGAUACAAUAACAAGUCCUGGAGUCUGUACUGUGUUGAUUACAGUUACUCUGCCAGGCACAAUAAGAAGAGCACUGUCAUACCUGACCCUCCCUCCAGCUCCCACAGAGUAGGAGUGUAUCUGGACUGGCCGGCCGGCACUCUGUCCUUCUACACAGUCUCCUCUGACACACUGACCCACCUGCACACAUUCCACAGCACAUUCACUGAGCCCCUCUAUCCUGGGUUCUGGGUUUGUUCUGACUCCUCAGUGUCUUUGUGUCAGGUAGAACAGCCCUCACAAACUGUGCUCACAUAGAUGUCAUUGAAGAUUAAACUGUAUACAGUUGUAAUGGAUAUCCCCGUUAUAUUGGUGUGUGUAGAAUGUUUGUUUUCUUUUUAUUGUUGACAAACAACAAUCCUGUCUUUGAUCUCGGUCCCACUGAAUGUGAUGAACUAAAUACUUACAGGGGGUAUUCCGGGUAGCGGGUUUAGUGAAAACUUUGAGUUGUUUAACCCUGAAAAGAGGCUUACUCCAAGGUUUCCGUUCCAGAAAGAGAGGUAACCAAACCUUUUGGUAAGUUUUCAUGGUAACUUACUCCUUGAAACUAACCUGCUCGCUAGCAGGUUUUCCAUGCCAAACUCUGCAUUUCGACCUAUCCCCUCCUUCUUUUUAAGCCUGCUUGCGUUGGCAGACAUGGGAUAUCAUUUCCUGGUUCAGCCGACCGAUCUCGAACAAAAUGUAAUUUGCUUAGUUAUACGCCGGGAGACGAUUUUUAGACUGCGAUUUGAUGUGCUUUAAUUCCCUGAUGAAUACCUAAGUUAACGUUACCCGCCACAAUCUGUAAUUUCUCAUUCUCAGCCCUUGGGCCUUCAUCGCUAGUGUUACACGCCGUGGACGUGGACUCAGAACUGACCAAAUGCUUUUUGGAUUUUUGAAAUAAAGACAAUUUCAUUGAAAUUGUAUUUGGUCUU